AUGGGUGUGUCAUAUCCUGAAAAUCCGCUCAAGGAAGACGGCCCUGAUGUCGUUCUUCCCGCCUCAUCAACACGUGGGAUGUUCGAACGGCUAUGGGAACUGAUUCCCGGGCGCCGCAGCAACGAUUUAGUAUCCGAAGCGACGAGUUGUCACCUUCCCGAGACAACGUCUAACAGACGGCGAGCAUCAGUCGCAGAGCACUCCCUCGAGAGAGACGAACACCUUUCUGAACACCUGCCUAAAUUUUCCAGCCGACACGAUGAUCAAAGCAAACCAUCUCCUCCACAGGAAACCGUCCUAUACCUGGCCUACGGCUCAAACUUGGCUUCGAAAACGUUCCUAGGGAUGCGAGGCAUUAAGCCCCUCUCUCAGAUCAACGUCAUUGUUCCCGAAUUACGAUUAACCUUCGAUCUUCCUGGACUGCCGUACAUCGAGCCAUGCUUCGCAGCAAGUCAAUUCCGCGACACCUCAUGCAAGGGAACUGAUACAGGCCAUAUCACAGAUAGUGAAUUGGAAGGUGAUCUGGCAUCGGAAAAAACAGUGCUCAUUUCCCAACGAGAGCAUGGUCAUCUACCCAACGAUCCUCUCGUCGGUGUUGUGUAUGAGGUCACCCUUGCCGAUUACGCUCGCAUUAUAGCGACAGAAGGAGGUGGGAAUGGAUACAAGGACAUCAUUAUAGAUUGCUAUCCUUUUGCCGAAUCUUACGACCCAACCCAGCCCAUUCCGGACUGCCCAGAAUCGAAACCGUUCAAAGCACAUACCCUUCUCGCACCUGUCACGAACCUAGACGAGAUAUCUCGGCGCGCUUAUGCGCAGCGAACACACUCAUUCGUCCCGCGAUCUGGACCCGCUGUGCGCAAGCCUGGCUACUCUCAGCCAUCCGCUCGCUACCUCAACUUGAUCCUCACAGGGGCAGCCGAGCAUAAUCUUCCUAUCUCUUAUCGGACGCAUCUUUCUCGAGUACCAACAUAUCGUAUUAUAACUCUGGUCCGGAUGGUCGUAGUCCGCAAUGGUUGA